AUGGGAUUCCCAAUUAUCUUAAAAAUAUACGAAGCAAUACUGAAUUGGUGUGCGCCAGUCUUUAUUUUGGCGGAAGGGUUCGCGACGGUACUGGUGGUGUCGUCAGCGUGUCGUGAUUUUAUAAGAGAAAGUCAACGACGAAACUAUCAGAUAUAUCUCUUAAUUGGUUGGAUACUCGGUAUCCUAUCAACAGGAUACUUUCUUGUUGACGUAUACCUGACAACACCAAACAUGGACAAAAUUUCGGCCACGUUAAUCGGAUCUUCAGUCACUAUCACGAUCUUAAUGCAACUGAUGCUUUUCAUGAGCGGGAAAGGAUUGAUUUCUGAGACCUCAUUCAUGUUUGCCUAUAUCGUAUACUGUAUUUACAUGAUGUCAUAUGAAUGGGCAAACGACAACCAUCAUCAAUCCAUUACUACGAAAAUUACGCCUACACCAACUUUAUCAUCACAUGCUGACGUUUCUUCAAAACUACAGUAUCAAGAUCUUUUUAACCAGUUAUCUUCUUUUUCGAUGCUCAUGGAUUCAAUAAAUAAUAUCCAACCAGACAUUAUUCUCAAAUACAUCACCGACUUUCUGUGCUCUAUAAAAUUCAUUACUGCGAUAAAAGCAGCAUUAUCAUUACGUGUGUUCACAUCGUUGGUGUUUCGUGUGGGCGUAAUCUCGAUUGCAAUAACACUCGUGAAAAAGAAUUGCUUUGGUGGUGAUCACGAUAUCGGUGAUUAUAAUAAAGAUGAUGACAAUGAAUUCCGUAAAUUCUUGAGGGAUGAAGAUGAAGAAAGGUCGCUAAAGUAUCUCACCAUAACAACAGCUCUCUCGACGCCAACCAUCAUCGCUGUUUACACUCAUCUUCUCCUAUGUCAUUACGGGUACUUGGAUGGCGGUAAUUAUGUAUCACGAUGGCUUAAUGUAUUCGCUUCAUUAUUCUUUUAUUCGAUAGAGUUGUUCAGCAGGGAAUCACAAGAUACCGAUGACGAAAUAUUUUCUCCUCUAUACGAUGACGAUUAG